AGGAACCAUGAGCACCUGUCUGAGUUUGGAUCCCGGCGAGCGUUCGCGCCACGCCGCCGCAGCAAAGACACCUCUUCCGGGGAACUUUGAGCUGAAGCCUCAGUUUGUUCACCAUCUGACCUCCAUUCCUUCGCCUGACCUCAAGAACACGCCCAGACCCAAAGGUUUCAAACGGAGGUGUGUCACCAGGAUGCUGUCUGCUGGCUUCUGCCUGCUCAUCUUCUUGCUGCUGGUUGGAAUCCUCUUGGCCUACUACUUUUCGUCCCGCUGCAUCCACGGAGUCCAGUGUCCUGCAGGCGGGGGCUGCGUGUGGACGUCGCAGUGGUGUGACGGAGUAAAGGACUGUCCGCACGGCCAGGAUGAAGAAAGCUGCGUUCGGCUCCAUGGUUCCAAGUUCCUGCUCCAAGUCUACAACCGGGAACGGUGGCGCAGCGUUUGUUCUCAGGGUUGGACGCCCGAGCUGUCCAAAGCCGGCUGCCGGGACAUGGGUUACAGCGUCUCUGAUAGGAGCACCCAGGUUCUGGCAGGUUCCAGUGAAGAACAGUUUGAGCCAAGACUCCUCGUGGCCACGUCCCAGACCGAUCCACAUGCACCCCUCGUGCAACAGCUGGCACCCGGUCAGUGUCCUGGUGUCACCGUGGUUACGCUGCAAUGUACAGCUUGUGCAGGAGUCAACUCCAGCCAGCUUUCUGGAAGUCAGCAGGCCUCGUUGGGGGCGUGGCCCUGGCAGGUGAGUUUGCAGGUGGCCGGCACCCAUCGCUGCGGAGGAGCCGUCAUAUCCCCCUGGUGGAUCGUCACGGCGGCGCACUGUGCGCUCAUGACCGCCACCGCUGCAGACUGGUCCGUGUACGCGGGCGUGCUGCGUCCCGAGGACCUUUUCUUCACGCCUGCCGCCUCCGUCAGCCUGCUGGUCGUCCAUGAAGACUUUGACGCCAACAAUCGGAGAAAUGACAUCGCUUUGAUGAGACUCAGCUCACCUCUCCACUUCUCAGCCUCCGGUCAUGUUGGUCCAGUUUGCCUCCCAAAUGUUGGUCUGAACUUGUCCCUCCCUCUAACGGCGUGGACUACAGGAUACGGAGGUCCAGGACACGCAGUGAUGGGGGCCGGACUUGACACAGGUGAGUUGUUGGACGAGCUGCACACACCUGCAUCAGCGCUGACAUCAUGGCACCUGUCCAGACGGGUGGUACCUGCUGCAGGCCCGGGUGUUUCUUGAGGGACCCCAAGCGUGCAACACGUCCGCCCCUCACCUAGGAACCAUAUCGGAGGACGUGUUUUGUGGCGCACAAGCAGAGCCGGCGUCACAAAUGUGCCGGAGCGACAGCGGGGGUCCGCUGGUGUGGCAGAGGGGGGGAGUGUGGUGGCUGCUGGGAGACCACGUCUGGUCAGCAGGCUGCGGCGAGUCCAGCAGAGGAGAACUUUACAGCAACGUCACCUUCUUCUUAGACUGGAUCCAUCAUCACAUGAAGAAACAUCUCGCAGACUGAAGACAAGAAGGAGGCGCAAACAUCUCACGCGUGCUCUUUGUUUCACUCUUUAGUGGAACGUUUUGUUUUUGUCAAGUGGAUUUUUUUCAUGAAAUUAUGCUGAAUAUUUAUUUUUUAUUCCAUUUAUUUCAUCACUUCAUUUAAUUGACUGGAAGUGUUCCUGCCUGAAUGCUGCUGGGAUAGGCUCCAGCUCCCCCUCGCAAGCCCCGAAAGGGACAAGCAGUAGAAAAUGGAUGGAUGAAGGAAUGGAUGGAUGACUGGAAGUGGGUUUUGAAGCAACAAAGCACCUUUUUUUUAUCAUAUUGAAUUAAAAAUAAACUAUUUUAAACAAACAUUUUGCUCACACAUUUUUAUUUAAUGAAAAUGUCAACUUACCUAAGUUUGUGAGCAAAAAAAAUAUUUUUUUAUAUAAAUUCCCCGCGUUAAUAUUCUGUGUUAAAAUUCAGUGUUGAAAAACUCUCUGUAAAAACUCAAUGUACAAAGAAUUAGUGCAGGAAUAUUUGGUGCUUCAAAACUGAAGUCUAAUUUCCACUAAAAUAAAUAAAAUGUAUCAUCAAAUUAGGUUAAAAAAAUACUUUUUGUGUUUGCAAGCCUUGAAAAAAGCAUGUCUUUCAAGUAAACCCCACAAAGAUACAUUAUUUCAGGAAUUAUUAGCUAUUUUGUUUGUUUGGUUUAGGAGUUAUGUUUAAAUAACUGUCAAAUUGAGUGUGACAUUUUGUGAGGGGGCGUGGCCUGCGGACCUGCAGCAAAGAAGGGUGUGCCAGGACCAGCUUCGAGAUCAGCGGCAGGUGCGUAGAUGACACAGCUGAGAGUGUUUGUCGUUCUG